UAACCUCGCUGUGGGAUUGGUCAUCGGGAAAGGCCGUCUGCGCCAGAAAUCUUGCUCUAACUUCAGUCUCGUCCUUUGACCCGGCUUUUAACCCCCGCUUCGGAAUCAAUCUGCACCCAGGUCCAGGGAACCGAAAUUUCUAUUCCGGAAAGGUUCCGACUCGGCAAGCGGAAGUGAACCUCAGCUUGUCUCCGUCUCUUCCGGUGUGGCUUCGCGCGGCCCCGUUCUCUUUUCUCCCUGGUGGCGGGCUGGCUUGGACGGGCUCUGCGAGGCCGGAAGGAAAAGGAUUUCCGCCGUUGGAGUCCGGCUUGGCGACCCAUCGCCCCACGGAUCUGGCCAUCCUGGCGCUUACUGAUUAAAGAGAAAUGAAUAUCGUCAUUUUCCGCCUCGAUGUAUAAGUUUCCCUGACGUGUCCUUAGAGUCACAGAAGAAUUUGUGUAUACAUUUUACCAUUAGUCAAAGGAUGGACAUUACCAGUUUGUCCUGUGGAAGUCUGCUUUCUGGGGACCAAGUCUGCAGUCAAGGGGAAGAAACAGAGGGAGAAAGCAUACUGGUUGAUUGCCUGAAAAGCUCUAAUAAGGAUGGUGCUGUGGAUUUCACUCAAGAGGAGUGUACUACAAAGGAUCCAGCUCAGAACAUCAUACCCAGUGAUGUGACAGUGGAGGACUAUAAAAACCUGGCCUCUGUAGGAUGUCAGACCCUUACCAAACCCAGUGCUUUGACUUGUUUGAAAGAAGAAUUGGCGAGCACACAGAGAGAAGUUCUUCCCGAAUUGGAAAAACAACUACAAACCAAAGAUUUAGCACUAGAGCAGGAUUUUUUGACAAGACAUACCUUCAUGGAGACUCAGCAGGUGGAUGCAGUGACCUUUGAAGAUGUGACUGUGGACUUUACCCAGGAAGAGUGGACUUCACUGGAUCCUAUUCAGAGAAAUCUCUACAGAGAUGUGAUGCUGGAGAACUACCAGAACCUGGCCACAGUAGGAGGUCAGUUGUUCAAACCUAGCCUGAUCUCUUGGUUGGAGCGGAAAGUAGAGUUGACAAUAAUGGAGCAAGGAAUUCUCCAAGAAUGGGAAAUGCACCUUAAGACAAAAGGGACAGCACUUCAGCAGGAUAUAUUUUGGUCAGAUGUGUCAAAUGGAAUGCAACUGGGAAGAGAACACAAUAGAGGGGUGCUUGGUGACUCUAUACAAGUUGGAACAGUUUUCAGUGAAGAUUCAUGCCCUGAGACUCACAUAAGUACUUCAAAUACAGAGAACACUUCAGAGUGUAAUUUGUAUGGAAAAGACUUUGUGCCACCACUGAAAGAAAAUUCUACCGAAGAGAACAUUCUUCAGUUGAACCAGUGUGUAAAACCCUUCACCGUGACUCCAGAUGUUUCCCAGAAAAUGUGCACUGUGAAAAAAUCCUUUGAGUGCUGCGAAUGUGGGAAAACUUUCGUUAAUCAGUUAGAACUGCAGGCACAUAGUUCUUCUCAUAGUGAAAAGAAUCUUCACAAAUCAGAGCAGUGUGAGCAAGCUUUUACUCAUCCUAUAAGCCAUGACGAUCAUGUUGUAAUUCCCACUGAAAAAAAAUACUAUGAAUGUAAGAAGUGUGAAAAAAUCUUUACACAUCCUGUCUACCUUAAUAUCCAUAUGCAAAGCCACACCUCGGAGAAACCCUACGACUGUAAGGAAUGUGGGAAAGCCUUCACUGAGCGCUCGAGCUUAAUUGUACAUCUACGACAACACACGCGAGAGAAGUCUUAUGAGUGCAAGGAAUGUGGGAAAACCUUUAUUCAACCCUCACGCCUUACAGAACAUAUGAGAAGUCAUACAGGAGAGAAACCAUAUCAGUGUGACCAGUGUGGGAAUGCCUUUGCAUCUUCUUCUUACCUUACUACGCAUUUGAGAACUCAUACUGGAGAGAAGCCCUUUGAGUGUAACAUAUGUGGGAAGGCAUUUACACGUUCUUCUUACCUGUUAGGUCACAUACGAACUCACACAGGAGAAAAACCCUAUGAAUGUAAAGUAUGUGGGAAAGCGUUCAGUGGCCGUUCUUGGCUUACUAUACACUUACGAAAACAUACUGGUGAGAGGCCCUAUCCAUGUACAGAAUGUGAGAAAGCCUUCACCAGCUUUGCUCAACUAACUGAACAUAUAAAAACUCACACUGGUGAGAAGCCCUUUCGGUGUAAGGUAUGUGCAAGGACCUUCAGAAAUUCCUCAUGCCUUAAGACCCACUUUCGAAUUCACACUGGAAUAAAACCAUACAAAUGUAAUUACUGUGGGAAAGACUUCACAGCACGUUCAGGCCUUACUAAGCAUGUACUAAUUCACAAUGGUGAGAAACCCUAUGAGUGUAAGGAGUGUGGGAAAGCCUUCAGUACAUCCUCUGGCCUUGUUGAACAUAUAAGAAUUCAUACAGGAGAGAAGCCCUUUGAAUGUUACCAGUGUGGGAAAGCCUUGGCUCAUUCCUCAUCUCUUGUUGGACAUUUAAGAACUCACACAGGAGAGAAACCCUUUGAGUGUAAUCAGUGUGACAAAACAUUUACACGAUCUUCUUAUCUUCGUAUUCAUAUGCGAACUCACACCGGAGAGAAACCAUAUGAAUGUAAAGAAUGUGGGAAAACUUUCCCUGAGCGCUCAUGCCUUACUAAACACAUAAGAACACAUACUGGUGAAAGGCCCUAUGAAUGUAAGGAAUGUGGGAAAGGCUUUAUUAGUUUUGCUCAACUUACUGUACACAUGAAAACUCACAGUUCUGAGAGACCUUUUCAGUGUAAGGUGUGCACAAAAUCCUUUAGAAACUCUUCAUCCCUUGAGACCCACUUUCGAAUUCACACUGGAGUAAAACCCUAUAAAUGCACUUACUGUGGGAAAGACUUCACUGCUCGUUCAGGCCUUACUAUACAUUUACGAAAUCACACUGGCGAAAAGUCCUAUGCAUGCCAAGAAUGUGGAAAAGCCUUUAGCACUUCCUCAGGCCUUAUUGCACAUAUAAGAAGUCACAAAGGAGAGAAACCCUUUGAAUGUGACCACUGUGGGAAAGCCUUUGCUUCUUCCUCUUAUCUUAAUGUGCAUUUGAAAAUUCACACUGGAGAAAAGCCGUUUCAGUGUACUGUAUGUGGAAAAACAUUUACAUGUUCUUCUUAUCUUCCCGUUCAUAUGCGAACUCACACUGGAGAGAAGCCUUUUCAGUGUAUAAUAUGUGGAAAGUCAUUUUUAUGGUCCUCGUACCUUCGAGUUCACAUGCGAAUUCACACUGGAGAGAAACCCUAUGUAUGCCAGUACUGUGGAAAAGCCUUUACAGAGCACUCAGGCCUUAAUAAACAUUUACGGAAACAUGCAGGAGAGAAACCAUAUGAAUAUAAGGAAUGCGGGGAAGCCUUCACUACUUCUGCUGAUGCUAAUAAACAUGAAAAUCCCCAUUGGGGGGAAAACCUUUGAAUGUAAGGGAUUCAGAAAAUUGUUCUGGAGGCCCUUGAUCAAUCUUUUGCAAUCAGAAUUUGGUCUAUACAAGUUUUAUUAAUAUAAUAAGCAAUGUAUGAAAGCAUUCAGUUUUCACUAUUUGCUGUAAAAACUCAUUCUGAGGAUGCUCUGAGUUUAAGGAUCAUGGGAGAGAUCAAAAUCUCACGAUAUGUGAACUCAGUCAAGGUUUGUAGUAUAGGAAAUGAAAACCUUUAGUGUUUCCAUGUGUGUUGAUGCAAGACAUAUAGAAAUGUCAUAGAUUUUAAGUUUCUUUGUUCACUUGUGAUCUCACAGUUGAGAAAAAAAUCUGAAGUUUGGGAAAUAACUUUUUACAUUUGACUUUAUGUGGUGUUUACAGACUGAACACAAACUACAUAUGUGUAAUAGGGGAUUUGCUUCAUUUGGAUGGCAACACAUAGAUUUCCUGGGUGCUUCUAGAUGAACUUUGAAUAUUUCUAUAUUUGUGUAUUUUUAUGACUUCAAUUAUAAAUUUCUAAAUUCCAUUAUAGGUUUUCCUUUUUAAAAUAUUCCUAUUUGUAUGAUUGAAAACUAUUGUUUAUACCUAGUGUCUCGUAUAUGUCCCAUGUUGGCAUUGUGAACUAAUGAACACAAACGCUCAUCUACUCACUACUUGUUAUUUUAUUUGUUGUGCCAUGCACACCCUCUGCACUGUCUGCUUCCCUCCCUUUUGUCUUUUUUUCAAGUCAGUCUUACUUUGUGACCUAGACUAGUAUGAAAAUCAUGUAGCUUAGACUGGUCUUGACUUCAUGGCAUUCCUGGCUCAGACUCCUGAGUGCUGAGAUUACAGGUACAAGCCACCAUACCUGGCUCUGUCCACUAUCUUAAGUAUAUACUUUACUAGCACUGAAAUCACUGUGUUUUUACAUAGUGUUCAAGUAGGUUGGAUCUGACCAAUACAACCCCUUUAUUUGAGUUCCCAGUCUCUGGUAGCCAUUAUCUCAUUCUCUGAUUAGAGUUCAGGUUUUCUUUAGACUCUAUUUGUUAAGUCAUGUAGCAUCUUUAUUAACUACCUAGGUUUUUUAUUUUUUUGUGACAGGAUCUUACUUUGUAGCUCAAACUGACCCCAAACUUACCUUUCUGCCUCAGACUUUAGUGCUGGAGUUUCAGGCAUGUGCCAUCAUGCCUAGCUCUCUAUAUGGCUUCUGUUAGUUUAUAUGAUGUCCUCAAGGUAGAGCUGUGUUAUGGUCAGUUAUUUCAUUUUAAGACAUUUAAUUAUCCUUUGGUAUGUUUAUGGAUACUUAUUCCAUACCUUGGCUAUUGGGAGUAUUGCUGCAUGAAUGUGAGUGUGGCUGUCUCUUUAAAUUAAUGAUCUUAUGCCCUCAGACACAAUCCCCAAAAUGGGUUUGUUAUAGUAACGAUAAAUGUACUUUUAAUUCAGUAUGUCUGUACUAUUCUGUAAUGACUAUCAGUUUAUUGUUUAUCUUUUACUUUUUCUAUGUGCCAUUUUAAAAUAUGAGAUGGUAUUUGAUUCUUCCUAAUCUAUAAGUCAUUUGUAUGUCUUUGCUAAAAUAUUAAUUUCAGUUAAUUUCAAGAUCAAUGUAUUUUGCUGUGAAGUUACCUGAGUUACUAUAUUUUAGACACAGACCCCACUGUAGUAUAUAUGGUUUGCAGAUAUUUUUCCAUCUGUGUACAUGCCUUUUCAGAUUUGUUUUCUGCUCUGCUUUGCAAAAUCUUCAGUUUGAUGUUGCCCUAAUUCUUCAUGUCUGCUCCAAAAUUCUAUGCUGGUAUGUCAGGAAGCAUUCUUUUUAGAGUUUUAUUGUGUCACAGUUUUAGAUUUUAUUUUCAGGGUUUUGUUUGUUGGAGGUGAUCUUACUAUGUAAUCUAAAAUAGCAUGGAAUUUACUGUGUAGACCAGGCUAGACUUAAACUUGCCGCAGUAUUUCUUCCCUAGGCCUCCUGAGUGCUGUGAUUUUGGGGUAUGAACCAGCCUACCCAACUUAACUGUAUUUCUUUUGCUAUUAUUUAAUUUUAUUUCCUUUUUUCCUUGACCUCUGAGUUUAUAUCACUACACACACACACACACACACACACACACACACACACACACACACACACACACCCCAUAGUUAGUGGUGCACUUAUUUUGCUUGCCUAUCCAUUUUUUUCUUUCUUUUAUUUCUUUCGAAAUCCUUUUUAAUAUUAUGAUAAUUUUGUUGAAAAUUUGGUUAUCAACAUUUGUGUUUUGGUGCUUGGAAUUGAACUUGUGACCUCAUGAAUGCUAGGUAUGUGCUCUACCCUCAAGCUAUAGUUCUAAAUUCAUUGUUGAAAUUAUUUUGACUGUAUAAGAGUUUUGGUUUUGUUUUGACUUUUUUUUUGGUUUUAUGGUUUGUUUUUUGUUGAGACAGGGUUUCUCUGUGUAGCCCUGGCUGUCCUGGAACUCACUCUGUAUUCCAGACUGUCCUCAAACUCAGAGAUCCGCCUGCUUCUGUCUCCUAAGUACUGGGAUUAAAGGCGAGCACCACCACCACCGGGCUUAUAUAAGGUUUUUGUUGUCGUUUUGAUUUUGAGUUAUUCUCUCUCUGUAGCUCUGGUUGGCCUGCUAAGUAGACCAGGUUAGCCUCAAACUCAUGAAGAUCCACCUGUCUCUCUGCCUUUCAGAGUGCUGGGAUUAAAGUUAUGUGCCACUAUGCCUAGCAAUGACUAUAAGUUUUAUCUAAACUAUUUUGUUAUGUUGUUUGUAUCACUAUUGUACUGUUCGAUUACUGCCUUUGUAUUUUUUUUUUUUUAAUUAUUCCUUGAGACAAGGUCUCAUGGAACUUAGGCUUUGAAAUUAACUAAAUGGUCAAGAAUGACCUUGGACUUUUGAUCUUCUUGCCUCUACCUCCCCAGUGGUAGGAUUACAGGUAUGCACCACCACAUUCAUUGUUUUUGUUUUGUUUUGUUUUUGGUUCAGUGCGUGGGUAUCAAACUUGGGACUUCACACAUGCGAAGUGAACUCUCUACUAACUGAGCUUCAUCUCCAACCCUGUAAUACAUUGUUAAACCUAAAAUUUUUGUUUUUAUUUAAGUCUUUGGCCUAAUUUGAAAGGUUUUGGUUCCUUAUGACUUGGGAAUUUUUUCAUAAGCCUGUGAGAAAUGCUGUUGGAAUUGUUAAUGUGAUGGCAAUAAAUCUACAAAGCACUUUGGGUAGGAAGGACAUUCUAAUAGUGGUGAUUCUCUCAGUGUGCAUGGGAUACCUUGCCAGUGUUUAUAGUCUUGUUCAUAGUGGUUUAGAUUUUCCAUUUAAUUUUAUUCUGUAUCGUUUUAUGCAGUUUUAUAGGGUGUAUAAUAUUUUUGCUUUUUAAAUUUGUAGUGUGUAGACACUUUGUGUUGAUUUGAAAAUUAUUGAACUUUUAUGAGUUUCUUAAAAUUUCGUUCACAGAGUAAUUUUCUGUAUUGACACCCUAUCACCUGAAACAAGUUUCUUUCCUUGGGUGACUUUUUUCUUUUCUUAUCCUAAUUGAUUCAGCUAGGCUUUCCCCAGUAUUUGCUGAAUAAAAGAUGGAAAGGUAGUUAUGCCUGUCCUUGACAAGUUUGAGCUUUGUAACACUGAAUGAUAACUGUAUUAGUUUUUCAUAUGCUUCCAUUAUAAUUAAGUACAUUUCUAUCUAAUUUAUUGACUGUUGUCACCAUCAGUUGAUAUUCUGUUGUUACAUGAUUCUUUACAUUUUCUGCAAUACAGUUUUUUUUUCACUUUGUUAUUCAGUGUAUCACAUUUAUUUAUUUGCAUAAAUCAUCUUUGCAACUCAUUCUUGAUCACAGUUUGUGUGGUCCUUUUAAAAGUUACUUUGUGAAAAUGACCAGGAGAUUGAAAUUGUCUUAAAUAAUAAUUUUUCAUUAUUUGUUUUUGUGACAGGGUCUUGCUAUGUAGUUUAGGCUUGGCCUUGAAUUCACUGUGUAGUGCAAACUGACCUCAAACUAAUGAUCCUCCUGCAUUAACCUCUCAAGUGUUAUGGCUUCAGUAAUGGCCCACUGUGCUUGGCUGAUAAUGUAUAGAAAGACUUCUCUGUGCUUCCAAUAAGUGACUCAUUUUAUGUUAGGGCAUAAAUAGAUCGAAAAAGGUCUAUCUCUUUAUUGUAAGGGUGAUAUGGUUGUAAAGAUAUGAUCCCUGAAAUAGAACACCCAAGUGUGGAAAGCAAAUAUUAGUAUAUAUGUAGAGAGAAAUAGUGUUAUGAUGAGAAUGUAAGACUGUUUUAGUUCUCUCUUCAAUGCUGAAGUCAUAUUAACAUUGGGUCUUAAAAUCACUAAGGAAACUACUUGAAGUAGACUUGAGACCAAGUGGAUCUAAUAAAUCUAUACAUAACAUUCAAUCUAAGAGUCAGGGAAUGCUUUGUGUUUAAUUUCACAGUGUACAUUAUGAGAAAUUUCACAUUAGACUUACAAGCUUUACUUUUAAAAUAAUUCUUAGGCAGGUUGAGUUUAUUUAGUUCUUGAGAGAGGGUCUCAUUGUAUAGUCCAGACACCUCUAGCUUACAAUUCUGCCUUAAAGAUACAUUAAGUAUUAAUAUAAUACUGCAUUAUAUUAAUAGUGGCACUAAUUUUGUUUACUGAAUCUAGAUCCAAACUAUUGAAUAUAUUCCUCACCUGACAUAGUUUUUUUUAAAAUUGCAUUUAUUUAUUUGGGGUGUGGGUGGACAACAUCAUGUGUGUGGAGAUGAGAGGACAACUCAGGAACUGGCUUUCUCCUCACCUUGUGGGUCCUGGGAAUUGAACUCAGGUGGUUGGGCUUGGAGGUAAGCAUUUUUACCUGCUGAGCCAACUUGCUGGCCCACUGAGUUAUGUUUUAUAUUUGAUAUGAAAACACCUAAUGUCUUAGCAAACUAGAAAACAGAGUUCCAUAGGCCCUCAGAACAGAUGCUUAUAUAUAUCUUAGAGAAUGGUGAUUGAUGUGGCAGGGACUUCUCUCUUGGAGUGUAACCAGGAAAGUCCAUCUUAGGCUUUACAGAGUCUUUGUUUGUCAGGAACUAAAACAGCCCACUUUACCAACACCUAAUGUCUUAGCCAAUUUUCAGUGACAGUAAAUUAUUGUUCCUUGUUGUCACAGUGGUGAAUAUGCUGUCUUGGUGCUACUCAGAAAGUCUGCAUUCUUAAAUGGUUAUCUUCUUAUUUCUCUUAAACCUUAACCACUGGCAGCCACUGUUGUAGUUUACUUCUGUGACUUCAGUUUAUUCUUUAGAUUCCAAGUGUGAGAUAUUGCAGAGGGUUAUCCUGGAACUCAUUUUGUAGACCAGGCUGGCCUCUAAAUUGGAGAUCCACCUGCCUCUGCCUCUCAAGUGCUGAGAUUAAAGGUAUGCACCACAACUGCUUAGCUGUUUUGUUUGUUUAUAUGUGUAUAUACUGCCUGUGUGUAUGUGUAUGCACCAGGUACAUGCCUGUUGCCCAAAAAGGUCAGAAGAAGGCAUCAGGUCCUCUGUGACUGGAGUUAUAGAUGGUUAUGAGCCUCUAUGUGGCUGCUGGGAAUUGAACCCAGGUCCUCUAGAAGAGUAGCCAAUAUAGUAUAAUUGAAGCCAGAUUAGUAUAAUUUUGAAUUUUGUUCGAAACUAGUAUGCUUUGAAAGUGAAAUAUCCCCUAAAAUUCUAUGUGUUUGUACAUACGGUCUCUCCCAGCUGGUGCCACUGUUCUAGAAGGCUGUGGGUAGGGAUGGGUAUUUGAAGGUUGUACCUGCCAACCAUUUUGGUCCACCUCUCUUUUUGAUCUGUCAAGAUGUGAACAGUCUCUACCACAAACUCCUGCUGCCACAUAACCAUUCCAGCUACCAUGCUUUUCCUGUCACAGUAGAUUUUGCUCUCUGAAUCCAUGACUUCAAACCUUUCCUCCCUUAAAUAUUGCCUCUGUUAGGAAUUUUGACACAUGAUACAGAACCCACAUAACUUAACGUGUAUGUAUGUGUUCUCACUUGUAUGUGCAGUCAGAUGAAGGUGUUAGAUCUUCUGAAAACUGGAGUUACAGGAUAUUGUGAGCUAAUUAAUUUGGGUGCUGAUAAUUAAACCUGUGUCUUUUGUAUGAAUAGUAAGUGCUCAGAACUGCUGGACUACACUCCAGCCUCUCAAGCACCCAUUUACACACUUGUUGGCCACUUGACGUGUUUUAGGAAAAGUGUUUAGGUUCCUUUCAUGUUUGUUUUGUUGUUGUUGUUGUUGUUGUGUGUGUGUGUGUGUGUGUGUGCACAUGUAUUUGAAAUAGGGUCUCAUGUAUUUCAGACUGUCCUCAAACUUGUCAUGUGGUAAAGGAUGACCUUUAACUUUCAAUCCUAUCUCUGCCCCCAGUGUGCUGUGGUUCCUAAGGAGUGUGUGGUGUUGAGGAUUGAACCUGAAACUUCAUGCAUGCUAGGCAAGAACACUAUUUUCAGAGCUACAUUAACAUUCAGAUGUGUAUAAAGUACAUUUUGCUCAUAUUCACACAUACCUUUACCUUGUGUUGUCUUCUUUCUGUUGGGUUCCUUCCCCUAAAGCCUCAUUUUCUCUAUUUUCAUCUCUUUAAUUUUUUUUUUUUAAUUCUGUGGAUGAGAGAAAAUACAGUAUUUGUCACUCUGGGUCUGACUUAUUUUGUUUAGUAUGCAUUUUAGUUCCAUCACUUUCCCUCCAAAUUACCUAAUUAUUUUUUCUUUGUGACUAAAUAAAGCUCCAUUCUGUGUA